ACCCUAAAACAGCGACCGAAAGCGAAGAAAUCUCCCUCCAGAAGAAAAUCCGGUUUUCCGGCGAUUUUUUUCGUAAAAAUCGGCUAUCUUUCUUCGUCGAAUCUCGUUUUCUGGCAUUUUUACGGUCUCCGUCACAAGAAUCCGCGAUUUCGCUCUAUCACUAGCCGCUUUUUUUCCGUCGAUUUUUGCUUAUCAGUCUGAUAAUCUGGUUUCCCGGCGUUUCUAUCUGUUUGAUUAUCGUUUUCGGUAAAAAAUCGGCCGUUUUAGCCCUCGCGUAUAUAUCGUUUCGCAGGCGUCAUUUUUGUUCGAAAAAGUCGGCGAUUUUUUGCCGGAUUCUCUGUACGUUAUCUUAAAGCUACCUUUCCAUGACCGAUGAUGGCAUCUGCUUGCGUGAACAACAUUGGAAUGUCGCCGGAAAAUUUCCUCGACUGCCCGCCGGCAUACUCGCCGUACGGAUGGCUCAGCCCUAGAAUCUCUUUCAGCCGUGAUUUCGUCGACGACGGUUCGAACAUUGCCGGUGAUAUGCCCGCUCCGGCCGCGGUGCCUGAAGGCCCACCUGAAAAAUCAGAUCUAGAAGCUUCUGGUAAGGAUCUGAUAGAUUUCGAGUUUAGACUCGACGAUCCAGUCGCAAUGCUCCCCGCCGACGAGCUCUUCUUGGACGGGAAGCUCGUGCCGCUGCAGCUAGCUGCAAUCCGUCCGUCGUGUGAUCCGACGGCCGAGAUCCGGUCCACACGAUCUCCAGACGCCACGAAAUCGCGGCGGAGGGCGGAGUUUUCCCGAUCGGAUCCCUACGUGUUCUCUCCAAAGGCGCCGAGGUGUUCAAGCAGAUGGAGAGAGCUUCUUGGCUUAAAGAAGCUCCAAAACCCUAAGCCGGAGCAAGAGCUACAGAAAUCGAAUUCCCUGCCCGUGAAAAGCCCUAACCCGAAAUCCCUGAAGCAUUUCCUUCACCGGCACCCGAAAUCCCAUUCGAUCGAUUCCAAUCUCAGCCUUCCGUUGCUACGGGAUUCCGAUUCGGAGUCGUUCUCGAUCUCAUCAUCUCGUCUAUCGCUCUCAUCGUCUUCCUCAUCCGGCCCCGAUCACGAAGACCUCCCUCGCCUCUCUCUCGAUUCCGAAAAGCCCAACCCAAACCAGACCCGACUCCGAGUCAAUCCCCCCAGGGUAAGGGUAUCGAAGCCCCGGGCACUGUCCGAUCCAACAGCCAGGAUCGGCCGGAGCCCGAUGCGCCGUGCGCCUGAUUCGACAGCGAUCCCUGUCCGUGGCGUCUCCGUCGACAGCCCGAGAAUGAAUUCCUCUGGCAAGGUAGUUUUCCAGAGCUUGGAAAGGAGCUCGAGCAGCCCCGGCAGCUUCAACGGCGGAUUGAAGACCGGAAAAAACAGAGGGAUGGAGAGAUCGUAUUCGGCGAAUGUGAGGGUUACGCCGGUGUUGAAUGUGCCGGUCUGCUCGUUGCGGGGAUCGUCUAAGACCGGGUCUAUGUUCGGGUUCGGGCAGCUGUUCUCGCCGCAGAAAAAAGACGGCAAUGUUGCCAGAGGACACAAUCGGUGCAGGACCGAUCGGAUUUGAUCUGAUCGAUGCUCCUUUGAUUAAUCAACGGUGGUAAAAUUUCUAUCAACUGCUCUUUUUUUUUUUCCUCCUUUUAAUGAAUUCCGGGUUAUUUUGCUUACAUCUUUAGAUGUAUAUAUGCGGCAUUUUUCUUUCUUUAAAUGUAGGGUUUUUUUUCCCCAUUGAUCUGAUCUAGAAAUGGAAAAUCUUUUUUGUUCU